AUGGUCUUACAGAUCUAUCGGAUCCAGAUGCCUGCAGUGCCGGUGGCGCCCGGUGUUCGAGUCCAGCUGAUUGGUGUCAGUCAGGAUGCUUUCAGUCAGGAUCCAGCAUCAGACCCCACAGAGGCGCCUGUCGAGGCAAGCAGUGCGGCUCCACGGGAAUCACUGCGCGUGGCGGUGCUCUUCAUCGGUGCCGCACGGGCGAUGGUCUGGCCCGCCGUGUGUGAGAACAUCCGCCGGCGCUUCCUCGACGCGAUCCAGAAGCCAAUUCCUGGAGAAGCCACCUGGUCGAUGGAUGUGUUCUUCUUCCUUGCUUUGGAUGAUCCGCCAGACGGGAAGAUCGACCAGUGGCGUGUCCAGCGGGAUGUGAACGCUGCGCAACUCGAGUACUGCAAGGAGUUGUUGCGGCCUGUGCACACUGAGUUCAUGCCUCCGACAUACCCCAUGCCGAAGCAUCACAAUUGCACUCCUGGACAUGAGCCAAGCUAUGCUGUGCAAACAGCACUUUGGAAUGUACCAGGUGCCAGUGAACGUAUGUAUGCUCAAUGCUACAGGCAACAAAUCGCGUAUGAUUAUGUGCUGAACACUCAUGAGCCACAACACGGUGUGAGAUAUGAUGCUCUCAUCCGGGCAAGACCAGACAGUAUCUACCUGCAGGAUGUUCCUCCGAUCUCCCACUUUAACCUUUCCAGGAUUACGACUGCUUCCACAGCCCCUGGAGACCAUUGGCACAUUGUUCAUCGAGGUUGCAGCGGGCCCAAGCGGCGCUACUGCCUGCGAUGCCAAGGCUCGGAGUACGACGAGCACUGCCGGAACGAGACGGUGAACGUAGACGUUGCUGUACAGGCGGUGGUGGCCCGAGAGAAGCCCUUGAGCUUCGCCCGGAAGAUGAAGCUUGAGAAGGCCAAGGUGCCUGAACGCUCUGGGAAGAGCAAGGAUUAUGGCAUGCUGGUCCUGGAAUGUGACAGGUGGAAGAAGUAUCUCUUGCUGGCUUCUCGCGAUGAAUUUGACAAGGAGCCCAGUGCUUGCAGUUCACUACAGGGCGCCUUUCUGGGCGCACCACCUCCUGUGACGCCGGUUUCGCGCCGCGUUGUGGCGGUGGCACCAGAAAAUUCGGCCAAGCCGGAGGGUGCUCCUGCUGUGGCCGUGUUGAUCAUCGGUGCUGCGCGUGCGAUGGUAUGGCCGGAAGUCUGUGAAAACAUCCAGGAAAACCUGGUGAAGGGCUUAGCAUCUUUGGGCCCUGAUGGACAACACUGGCGAGUGGACGUGUUCUUCUUCCUCGCACUGGAAGAGAGCAUUCAGGCGCGAGACAAGACGAUGAUCCGGCACUCCUUCGAGGAAGAGCUUCUGAAGCCGUGUCAAGACUUGAUGAAGCCCGUGCACGUGGAUUGGAUGCCACCCAGCUACCCUAUGCCAGGAGCAUCCAACUGCAAAGCGGGACAAGAGCCAUGGUACGUCUAUCCGUUCUACAAGCCCGGCGCCGAGCCGGAGAAGGUGUUGGGUGCGGAUGAGCGGAUGUACUCGCAGUGCAAGCGCAUUCAGAUCGCUUACGACUACGUCACCCAGGAAUUCGAGCCCAAAGUGGGCCUGCAAUAUCAAGCCUUCCUUCGUGCCCGGCCAGAUGGCGUCUACCUGCAUCCGGUUCCUCCCAUGGGCAGCUUUGCGCUCUCGCAGCUGACGAUCUCGGCCACGGCACCUGGAGAUCAUUGGCAUCUCAUCCAUCGUGGCUGCCUUGGUCCCUUCGAGCGGAGAUGCCUCCGCUGUCGGGGCAAGGAAUACGACAAGAGAUGUCCAAAGCCCAAGAAGGUGCUCGACCUUGGGGUCCAGGAGGUGAUCGCCCGCGAGCGGUCGGCCGACGUGGUGUCCGAGCUCUUGGGUGAGCCGUUGACCGGGCGAGGUGGUGCCGAGGGCUUUGGAUUCCUCUGGCUGGAGUGCGAUCGUUGGGAGAAGCUCUUGAAUCAAUCUCAGCCAAAGAUGCUGGCCAAAGAUCCUUCACGUUGCAGAAGGCUUCAGCGACGUCUUCUGGAUACCACACGAUUGCCACAAAAGUGA